AUGUCCGAGGCACCGGAAGAGGUCGAGGAGCUGCCUGGCGGAUGGGGGCACGAGGCGAACGAGUUUGAGCGGCUCUGCCUCUUGCGGUGCUUCCGAACCGACCGGGUGUAUGUGGGCGUCUCGCGGUUUGUGGUCUCGCAAAUGGGCGAGCGGUAUGUGCAGCCGCCGGUGGUCUCGAUCAAGUCUGUGUUUGACCAGUCAACGCCGACUGCGCCGAUUGUGUUUGUGCUCUCCCCCGGCUCGGACCCCCCGUGUCUCGAUGGUGAGACAGGCGCCCCGUCGCAGGCGGCGCUGCAGGCCAUGGCCGAGGCUGAGGGCAUGGUGAUGGAGGACGAGGAGGCGGUGCUGACGGCGGCCGGUGCGCCCGAUGGCACUCCGCUGGCAGAUGUGCUGGCCUUUUCCUGCACUCCACACUCGUACGCCAUCCCGGCUGUUCUGGCCGUCCUGGCCGGCUCAGCGUGCUUUGAGAUCCUUGCUCCCUCAGGCGCCCGCCAUCGCGUCGCUGCCGCAGCCGGCGACGUCAUCGGCAUCGGCGCAGGCGUGCUGCACACGAUGGAGGUGCCCGGCUUGGAAGCUGGUGAGUUUGAGGCGCUCGUCACUCGAUCUAUGUUUGUGGGCGAGUCGCUGCCGGGGCCGGAGGCUCAGAACCCGACAAUGGGCGCAUGGCCGUCGCCGUCAUCAUGAUGUUACAAGGAAGGAGGAGAGAGGCUGGACUGACUAGUCUAGGCGCGCCGGCGGCGGAAGAAGAACAGCGCGGCGACAGCGGAUGCGACGAUGGUAGUGAGCGACGACGCCACAAGCGCGCCGCGGAUAAACCCGGCCGAGUCGGCGCUGACCACCGCCGCCAGGUGCUCGGCCUCGGUAAAGGCAAACUCGCGCUCCA